UAAAAAGGACCGAAAGGGUGCUUUCCGAACUAGGGGUGGGGGUGCAAAGUACAGCCCUCUUGUCCUCCCCCGUAUAAAAGCCCAGGAAUUUUUAAAUUUGCUAUUAUUCUUGUCACUUCGAACUUUGUACAACUGUGCCCGAAGCCACUUCCGCAGUAGCCACUACCUAUAUCACAUCAACCAUGCACUCUUCCGAAAUUCCGAUUUACCGGGUUUAUGAAUUUCCUGACACUCCUAUUAGUGAUGUCGAAGAAGAUGAAUACGAAUCAGAAGAAGAAGAAACAGAUGCUUCGGAAGCUCCUUCUAACGAAACUUCUCGUAACUACGAUGAAGACUCUCCAAUGAGUGAAGUUGAGGAAGAAGAAAGAGAACUUAGGAAGGAAGAACUUAACAAAGCCACGCAUUCGUCGGAAGUUCCUUCUAACCGAACUUCUCGUAAUUUCGAUGAAGACUCUCCUAUGAGUGAAGACGAGGAACAAGAAAGGGAAAUCGCGAAGGAAGAACUCAACAAAGCCCCGCAUUCUCCGGAAGUUCAUCGACAAGAAAUUUCUCAUGAUGUCGAUGAUGCUAUGAGUGAAGACGAAGACGUAUCUGCAGGCGAAAAAGAAGAAUCCGAAGUUGAGGAAGAAACAGAAAGGGAAAUAGAAGAAUCCGACGUCGAGGAAGUAACCGAAAGCGAAAUAGAAGAAUCCGAAGUGGAAGAAGAUGAAUCCAAUAUCGAAUUAGAGGAACACGAAAUCGAAAACCCCACCGAUUCAAUGUCAACCAUGCAUGUCACCGAAGUUACUCAGUACCGGAUUUCUCACAAUGUGGAUGAUACUCAUAUUAAUGGCAUCGAUUUGGAAAUGUACGAAUGCGUUGAUGACGAUUUCGUCGUGAAUAACGUCGGCGCCGAAGUGGAAAUUGAAAUGACCAUUUUGGACGAAGAAGCAUCCUCUGGCUCGGAAUCGGACGACAGCAGAGAAAACAAAAAACUUCAAAAAGAAGAUAUUUAACGUCAAAGUAGUACAGAAACAACGAAGAAGCCAUAAGGCAAAACCUAACAACCCGGUUAAAAUCCAUCCUUAAAGAUUUUAUGACAUGUUAAAUAUUUAAUGUAU